AUGAAAGGCUACGGCGGCGCGACCACGUUGAUCGGCUUCGAGGAGCUCUCCGACGAGGAUCUUCAGGGGUUGAAGGAAGUCUGUGGCGCCGACGCUGGGAUCGAUGUCCUAUGUCCACGUCGUUCGGCUCUUUCAGCGUUCGAACUGGACAAUACCCUGAAUUCCAUCGGUAUUCGACGCGAGAUCGCCUCACUCCUGCGUCACUUCAACAGCACAAGGCUCGCUGAGCGCGUGUUCAAGAUGACCGGUUACCUGCGUCGAGUCCUCGGGGCCUACCGAAACAUGCGUUCUGUGGCUGACUCUCAGCAGGGUUUCACCGCCACUCAGGAAGUAUUCGACACGCGACGCAAGUACAAGGAACUGAAGCGCGCCUGGAAAUUCACGUGCGACUACUGGUUCCUGGAGGUCCAAGAGGCCCUGGGCAAGGUGGAUGACGCUGAGUCCAAGUACAAAGUCGCGCUGGGCGAGCAGAAGACGCGGUAUCAAGACGAGAUUGAUUCUCUGGAGUCCGAAAAGGCGCAACUCAAGGCGCGCCUUGCCGACUCUGAGGCACAAGCGCGAAUCCUGAAAUCGCGUCUUGAGUCAGCCACCGUGGACCCCUGGAAGUUCUCCGAUUUCCUUCAAGAGCACACAGACUUCACGGCUCUGCAUCAAGGGCUCGAAGCAUCCUGGGACACUGUCAUCAACGUCACGGCCAUGGACAAGCGCAAGGCUGCGGUGGCCCCGUACCCAGAGAAAAGCACACGUAUGCCUCUGUCUUCGGGGUCUGGAUCGUCCGGUCGUCCUGAAAUUCUGGUUCUCACGGAUCCUGGCAGCAAGCCUCGCAGCGGUUCGAAGACCGGGGGCAAAACUCAGGAUUCCAAGAAAUGUCAGGGUUCCAAGAAAGCGCCGGGCGAGUCGCCACGGCAGUCGGCGCACCCUAAGCCUCACAAAGUUCAGCGUCGCCCCAAGGAUCACCAACCAGGCCGCGACUCUGUGCGUCGCGCCAGCGAGAAGACUGUGGUGUCCAAGGAGGCCGCACACACGAUGCUCCCGGGUGGUGUCGUCUGGAAGGAAGUUCGGCCCGACGCACGUCAGGCCAUUCUUGCUGGGCUCAAGUACGACACAGCCAUGGAGUGGAUUGGCAGCGACCGGGCGGCUCACGGGCACUUCAGGCAGCCGCAGCUGAUCAAGAUGCUCGUGAGCAUGAUGUACUGGCGUCGUCUUGACCUGACUCCCUGGAGCAAGUACGUCCCUGAAGCCUACUACGAAACGGCAGACGAGCGUCUGGACAGGUGCCUUCGACGCAGUGAUGUGCCACCACCCUGGGGGAACCUCGAUGACCACAUGGUGUACCCUGAUGAGGACGCCGAUUCCACGGUGGACGACAUCGAGAACGACCCGGACUACCAGCCUCCCGCCCAGGAACCUGAGGAGAGCGCCUCUAGUAAUAGCUCUGAAGAGGAGGAGGUCGCCCCUGAAACUCUGGAGGACAUCGAGGAUGCAGAGGACGACGACGACGCUGAGGACGACAAUGGAGUAGGAGAACCCCUGGAAGUCAAGCCUCCUGCUAAGCGCUCCCGUUCUGAGUCAAGCAAGAAAGCUCAGGGUUCCAACUCGAAGUCGAAGAAGAAACGUCGCACGGGAAACAAGACAGACACUUCUGCCACUCAGGGUUCUAGUGGUACUCAGGGGUCCAAGGCUACAUCACGCUCCAAGCAUCCGUCGACGCUCGCGCGGAAAUCGUACUCGGAGCUCACUUGA